GUUAGACGCUUAUCGCUAUUCCAUUUAAUAAUGUCCUUCCUGCUUCGUUCGUAGUUUCGUAAUUAAAUUAUCUUCGAACCACCGGCAAACUUUAUUAUCGAUCGUAUUAUUUUUUAUUACGUUUCUGUGAUAUGCUAAAUAAAACUUAUUUGGAAAUUAUUUUUAAUUAUUUUGAUAUUAGUUGUCGGUUAUUCACCACGCCCAAAAAGUAAAAAAAAUAACAUCUCGAUACGGAUGUCGCCUUCCUCUAAUAAAAUGAGAAAUUUUUUAAUCUUUUCACGCAUUUUAUUUUACUGAAUUAUUAAAUAAGUCAAACAUGGCGUGUUGUUUAAGCGAUGAAGAGAGGGAACAGAGACGAAUUAAUCAGGAAAUCGAAAAACAAUUGAAAAGAGAUAAAAAAGAUUCACGUAGAGAACUUAAAUUACUUUUACUGGGAACAGGUGAAUCUGGAAAGAGUACCUUCAUUAGACAGAUGAAAAUUAUUCAUGGAUCUGGUUAUUCUGAUGAAGAUAAAAGAGGAUUUAUUAAACUUGUAUACCAAAAUAUAUUCAUGGCCAUGCAAAGCAUGAUAAAAGCAAUGGAUUUGUUACAAAUACAAUACAAAAAUGAAAAAAAUACAGAACAUGCGGAAUUGGUUAGGUCAGUUGACUAUGAAACAGUAACAACAUUCAGUAAUCAGUAUGUAGAAGCAAUUAAAUCAUUAUGGGCAGAUCCUGGCAUUCUAGAAUGUUAUGAUAGACGAAGAGAAUAUCAAUUAACAGAUUCAGCUAAAUACUAUUUAAAUGAUCUUGAUAGAAUAUCUACCUCUGAUUAUUUGCCAACUCAACAAGAUAUUUUACGUGUUAGAGUUCCAACAACUGGGAUAAUUGAAUAUCCAUUUGAUUUGGAUUCCAUUAUAUUCAGAAUGGUUGAUGUUGGUGGUCAAAGGUCUGAAAGAAGAAAAUGGAUACACUGUUUUGAAAAUGUUACAUCUAUAAUUUUUCUUGUUGCCUUAAGUGAAUAUGAUCAAAUUUUGUUUGAAUCUGAUAAUGAGAAUAGAAUGGAAGAAAGCAAAGCAUUAUUCAAAACCAUUAUUACUUAUCCCUGGUUUCAAAAUUCUUCUGUCAUUCUUUUCUUGAAUAAGAAAAAUUUAUUAAAAGAGAAGAUCAUGCAUUCACAUUUAGUUGAUUAUUUUCCAGAAUUUGAUGGUCCAAAACAAGAUCAUAUUGCAGCACGUGAAUUCAUACUUAAGAUGUAUUUGGUUCAGAAUCCAGCUGAAGAUCGGAUGAUAUAUCCACAUUUUACGUGUGCCACAGAUACUGAAAAUAUCCGGUUUGUGUUUGCAGCAGUAAAAGACACUAUUCUGCAGUCAAAUUUAAGGGAGUAUAAUCUUGUGUAGUUGUCCAGUGACUUAAAAAAAAUAUAUUGCUGCCAUAGGAAUAUGAAAAAUAUAUAUAUUAUGAACUUUGAUGUUAGCAAAGUUUCAUUGAAUCUUAAUGUAGCCAAAGAGUGAGGCUGAAGAAAAUGAAAAGCAAAAGUUAUAAAUUUGCUUGAUCCAUCUGGCAGCAGCAUUUUGCAGAUCACAUCUCUUUUAAAUGCUUCCAAGCAUAGUGCCUCAGAAAUGCAGGUGUUGUCAAACUUUUUAUGUAUGAAACAUUUUCAUGUUGGAUUUAGAGAACCAAACAAGUGCCAAAUUACAUACAAGAACAUAUAGAAGAACCAAAAGUUUAGUUUAAAAAAUUAACAACAACAAAAUUGAAUUUGCUGAAAUUAUAUUCAAGAAACAAUUCCGCCCAAUGAGACGUUGUAUUCAAACUUACUAUAGGUGCUGAUUUGACAAUUAAGAACUAUUUUUAUUUAGAUUUUACUAGUGGGCACAUGGCACAAUUGUGCCAUUGUCUGAUAUUUCUUAUAGUCUGUAUUCUAAAAAGAUGACAAAAAUUUUUUAUUAACAUGAGAAAAGAAAUCAUUAUCAUUUUGAAUACGUA